UUAUGAUCAGGCCUGAGCAAGCAUUCCUGCAUUUUCUUGAAACUUAAAAGGCCAUUUUUAUUAGUAGACCUGUGAAUUCUUCUACACAUUCUUUAUGCACCCUACUUUAGACUGACCUCCAAAGCUUUAAUGUUUAUUCUUGUGAACAUAAAUCAUCAACUACGCAGUCAAUGCAGAAGUUCAUCUUUUGUAAUGUAAUUGAAAUAAAAUAAAUAAAUAAUAGUCAGCUCAAAAUAGUUGAAUUAUCUUACCAUUAAAAUUUGCUGUUCAUAACAGAAAGGAUGCCUGAGAAAAUGUGCUGAAGCAAGAAGAUUAUUUGUCUUUACUGGAAAUAUUCCAUACACCUGUUACCUGUCUCCUCCUUUCCUCCUGCUUUCUUUCCUUUUUUUGGUAAAGCUGUCAGUCAAUCCACCUUUCCCUAGUAAGUUCAUCACUGUUUCAGUAAAAAUUUGAUUAUUAAAAUUGAGCUACUCAUUUAUGCUACAGAGGAAAAGGCAAACCAUAAAUAUCCUGUAAUAUGAAAUGCAAUAUAAAUAGAGUGCAUGAGAUGCUCUAAGUUUCAUUUAUAUCGUGCUGGAUGGAUUACGUUUUGCAUUUCAUAGUAAUGAAAUGAUCAUUCAGAUUACGCUGACAUGUUUGGUUUCUAUUCUUCUGUUUGAGGUUUAAGUUUCCCAUCUUUACUUGGUACAGAAAUGUUCUCCUGGACCUGUAUUCAUGGUUGAUGUUUAGCUUCCAAUGCACUUUUGAUAUCUUCAUUUACUAUUUUCCGUAGUUCAUGAUGUUAUAAUCAAAUAUUAUUUGCUUAUUUUAUUGUAGUAUUCUCUGCAGUUAGCAGCUAAAAUUCUUUAACUGCUGUAACAGUUCGAAGAUAUAAUUUGGGAUGAAUAUUACCAGAGUGAUGAUCAUAUAGUGCCUCAUCCUGGUGACAAACGGGCCAAAGAAAUUUCCUUUCAGGGUGAUAGUUGCAAGAAACCUCGCUGUGAAGUAACUGGUAUUUCAAGAAGUUAUGCAGAUAAAUCUGCUGCUAAACGUGUAGGUCAGGAGAAAGAACAAAGAGAUCUUUCAACUUCUAUUAAUAGAAAGAACCCCAUGUUUGAGAAGGAUUCAUCGUCUCGCCCACCCCACGAUGCAUCCCUCUCUCCAAUUGUUCGUGAUUCAAUCAAAGAAGAUUCGAGUUCAGCAUCUGACAAUACCAGAAUAUCAAGUCAUGGCUUCAACAACAAUAAUUUAGAUUCCAAUGGUAGUGAAGUUUGUGCAAAUGAUACCACACUCAAUGACAAGUGCACUGCUGUUGAGAGCAACUCUUUUAGUUAUCCACUCGGUGACAUUUCUCAAACAGUCGAUGAUCUGAAUUUCUUUGACAAAAAUCCUGAAGACGAGGAUUCUAGCGAUAUCUUACAUUAUGAUUGGCCUGAAAUAGGAAAUUUUGAGGAUGUCGACAGGAUGUUUAGAAGUUGCGAUUCAACAUUUGGACUUGGGGAGGAUAAAGAAGAUGAAUUGGGUUGGUUUUCAUCAGAGGAUGCUAUAGGAGGAUCCGGUGAUAUUCUGAAGUCAGAUUUUAAGUUUUUCUGUCCCGAGUCCAAGGCAAUGGAAAAUAUUUCAGAAAACCAUGACACCUCGAUGGUAAAUGGAAGCUAUUCUACUAAUGAUAUUACCAGGACAACUGCAUCCAUUUGGUACUCAGAGAGAGAUGAAUCUGCUUCUCAUGUGUCCAUUGCGAAUGGAUCCACUGGAUCUGACAGAAAAGAAGAUGUCAUGCCCAUAGAAAAGGGAAUGGGACAGAAUGGUAAAAUGCAACCCAAGAUUUCAACUAACAGUUACAAAACUGGAAACAAAGAAAUGGUUAAUGAGCAUAAAAAGCAGUCAAAGCAACAGAACCAUUCUCAGAGGAAAAGAAAAGAACAAUGCACUGGAAAUGGUUGUUUUAAUUAUGCUGGCAACCUGCCGAAUGAAGUUAGGCAUCUUCCUUCUGGGGACAUAUCUCAUGAAACUUUCCAAUAUAAGGCUAUUCAAUGUCAACCGAAGUCUCCGGUUCCAGAUUCUUGUGAUUACCUACAGAAUGCUUUUCCUUACGUGCAUUUAGAUAGCAGACAUUUACCAGAUAAAACUUCGGUACAUACAACUCAAUCUGCUGUCAGAUCUGAGAAUGAUGACUUGGCAUUCCUUUCACCGAGGGAGCCAUUGUAUGCCUCCAGUCAAGUGCAUUUCUUGGAAAAUUCUGGUGAUCCUCCAUUUCAGGUGGCUACUAUAGCGGGCAGUGAAAAAAGAGAGAAGCUAGUCAAUCAUAAAGGUAGUCAGUCUUCCAUACUUGAUCCCAUUUCACUGGAAAAGAAAGUUCACCGUUUUGGAGAUAAAUUUGAAAAUCAAAGUGAUGUUGAUGUAGUCGGCAUAGUGAUUCCAGCAGAAUUAUGCUCAUCAAAUAUACAAGAGAGCUCAUCCAUGAACUCAGCUUUGGAAGAUAUUUCAAUUGAAGCAGCUAGUUUACAACAGCUUCAGCUUGUCAUGGAACAGUUGGACAUGAAAACAAAAUUAUGCAUCAGGGACAGUUUAUAUCGUUUGGCUAUGAAUGCUGAGCAAAGACAUACCCAUGCAAGCCCCAAUGGUGGCUGCAAAGAUGAGAGAGAAGCCAGUGGAGCAUUCAUGGCAGAAGGAUCAAACAAGUGCACUGGAUUUAUAGAUAUGGAAACCGACACAAAUCCUAUAGAUCGCUCCAUCGCUCACUUACUGUUUCACAGGCCUUCAGAUUCGGCUUCCAUACCUGUCAAUGACUCAUUUGCAUUCAGGUCACCAAGCAUGGUUCAUGGACCCAUCACCAGCAUGUCUGCAAUGGAUGAGAAAUCUAUCAAUAAUGAAGAAACUGCUGCUGCUGAAACAUAGAGAAUUGUUUCUUGACUGCUGAGAGUCGACGAGUCUCUAGCUUUUGCAAAGCCCAUACCAUGUACAUAAACAUACCAGUUGACUCAAGCUUAUAUGCUAUUUAAAUCAUGUAAAUUUGAGUCUGGUUUUUAACCUACUGUUUGGUGACCAACCUUGUACGGCUUUUCAUGGGGAAAUUGUUUUUCUUUAUUUUAUUUUAUUUUUUCACAUUUUACGAAUA